AUGGCGGCGCCUAUUGGUUCAAACAAUCCCAGUUCUCUUCCUACGGAUCCUCCCAUAACUUCAACUCUCUUUCAAUCUAGUAUAAGCACAUUUGCUCCCAUUAUAUCUAAUACAAUUUCUAACUCUCCCACUGGAACCACCUCACAUACACAACAAUCUACGGCAACAAAUCAAAAUUUACCUACAAUAAUUUCGAUAACGGUAUUUAGUACACUUUUAAUUGGUGCUCUGUUGCUCGCUUUCAUUCGUUCCAGACAUAAACGACAACGACAAAAUGCGCUUGCUACAGCGAUAAUAGCUGCUGAAGCUGAACUCGAUGAGAAUGGAUCUAGAGUUGCAAUUAGUCAACCAAGAUCUCCUCCAAGAUAUAAAAUCUCCACCCUUCAAAUAGAGCCAAUGACACGACGUUUGACAUUAAACCUUCAUCAAAAAG